UCGAUGAGCACACUCGACGCGGUUACUCAAGUGCUGCGAGAUGGGCUUUUGGAGCGUUGUUGUGUUCUGCUUCUUGAGUUGCAUUGCGACUGGAGAGUCACAUCCUCGCGUGGGUACAGGAUGCAAAAUUCGCCAUUCUAUUCGGAGUACCGAAAUAAUGUAUGAGGCGUCACGCUUUUAUGAUGACAGCGUUGCCAUCUGGAACUACGGCGACAGCAAAGUCGGACCUGAAGCUAUUUGGGAAAUCGAAGAGUGGCAAGUUGACGGGCGCAAAUAUUAUGAGUUCCACAACCCUUAUUAUGAUAAUUUCAUGGCCUAUAAAACAGGUCACAUUCAUACUUAUAAAAAAUCAUAUUUUGACUCACGAGAGGCAAACAACUUGUUUCAAAUUGAACCUCCAAGUUUCAAGGGGGAAAAUAGAGUUUCCAUAAUAAGCAAAGGCAGUGGAAAGGCAGCCAUGGUCACUCAAGAGGCACCAAAUGGGCCACGGAAGAGAACAUUUGUAAGAUUUGAAGCAAGCAACCCUGACUCCGGAUGGCAGAAGUGGGAGAUUUUGUGCGAUUAAAUUUUCAGUUCUGAUUAUUACCCUUUUUACUUCAUCUUAAAGAAAAUUAACUUAAUUUUGAAAAAAUGUUUGCAGGAAAUUAAUGGCUUAUGUUAUGUCAUAUUGAUUUUUUCAAGUAAGUGCAACCAUAGAAAGAGAAUAAAACGCUGUAAUGUCUAGCAAAUGUGU